UGAUGAGUUAGAGGAACAGAAAGAAGAAGAGCACACCUCCUCUUUAUGUUGAAGACGUACCCUUCCUGGACUCACUUCAGUUACGGACAUUGCAGAGCUUCAGUCGUGCACACGAUGAUCAACUUUACCUUGAUAACAGCUUUCAUUCUCUGCAGCCUCAACUGGAUCUGUGUCUCAGUGUCUGAGACUCAGACUGUGGAGGUCCAGCCUGGUCAAGAAGCCAAACUGCUGAUCUCCAACAUUUCCACUAAAGAAACUGUGACAUUCUGGUUCAGACUGAUCAACAGAACCAGAGUCAACUCUAUCUCUGUUAUGUACAAGUUUGAAAGCAACGCUACAUUCUGUGAUGGAUAUAACAAUGGAAAAUUUGAAAUGACAUACAACAUCUCUACUGUCUCUCUCAAAAUCAAAAACGUGGAUUUCUCUGACUCUGGACUUUAUUUCUGUGGAUUUAACAAUGAUGGACGUCCCAUUUUCAGAGUGAUCAGUUUAAAGGUGAAAGGCAGCAAUGAGUCACAUGAUGACAUGGACAGAAAAUAUAAAGAAGAGUGUGAUGGAACAGCAAAGCUGAUGAGUGUGAUCCUGGCUGGUCUGAGUGUUUUCCUUGUAAUGGUCAUCAUUGGUCUGGUUGUUCAAAACAGGAAACUUCAGACAGCUGAUAAAGAAGAACAGAAGCCAGAGCAAAGUGAGAAUCAUGGCUCUGAUGAGCUGAACUACGCAGCAGUGACUUUUCGAGCAAAAGCAAAAAGAAGAGAGCUGGAGCCAAAUGUUGUUUAUGCUGCCACCAGAUAGACUCAGGAGGAACCUGGAACUGAUGCUGUAUCACAUUCAUAUGCUCUGGGUCUUUGUCUGGCUUGUUGCUCAGAGGAAGAAACACUCUGGUCAAAAAAUGGCAUUUUGCAAUAAAGAUGUGAUGUUGAUCCUUUUUCAAGUGUCUUUCUGCUGCAGAGCUUCAAUUGUCAGCAUUUGCUUUCUCUCAAUCAAAGUCUGUUCAGCCAAUAAAAACAUUUACUUGGUG